AUGUCCUGCUUUUCAAAACUUGCAUCCUAUCGAGUUGAACAACUUAAGUUCUGGCUUUCUUGUCGUGGUGACUCAUUGAAGAAUCUCCCUACAAAAGCUGCUUGUAUACAAAGGAUUAAUAACUACGUAAAAAAUGGUCUAAAAGAUAAGAUCACUGACCCCACUCCACUUAACAUUUACUCGAAGACCAAAAGUUUAAAGAGGGAUCACAAUCCUGAGACAAGUCACGAUAAUUUAGUUUCUUCUCCAUCUUCUGAUGCUCAGUACAUGAAAGGAAAUUAUUGGAUGACUAAUAGUAAACAACUGCAAUGGUCUAAAUCUCUGCAACAUGCACCAAUUUUCACUAUAAAAGAGAAUAAAAGAAUUUUUCAGCUCAUCUGGAAAAACAGGAAAGACCCAGAAAAGAGCCGAAAAUCUGUUAUUUGAUAACUUUCUGGACAGUGUUGAAUGUGGUCAUGACAUCGAAUACUUUUACAUUAGAGCUGUAUGCAGUGCAUCAUACACAAAAUCCCAGUUUCACAAAUUAAGUUGCUGUCUGUCAAUAAAGACUGCUCAAGUUAUUUAUGCUUACUGUACCUGCAAAGCUGGAAAAGGAGGGUUUUGUAAUCAUGUUUAUGGACUUCUUAAAUUACUGGCCCAAUUUGUACUUGAUAAGUCAGACAGUAUACCCCUUCAGCUGCCUUGCACAUCAAGACCGUGUGGAUGGACAGUGCCCAAAGUAAGAAAAAUGAAUGUACAAAAACCCACCGUAAUGGAAGCUGUAAUCAAAAAGCCUAAACUUGGACGAAAUAGAAGUGGAAUACAAUGUAACCUAUAUGAAGCCAGAUCAGUUGAACAACAAAAUCUGAAUUUUGAUGAUUUAAAUGAGAUGAAAGAGAACUUAUCACAUCUUGAUCCUAAUAUUCCUAUUAUUAAUGUUAUACGAAACACCAUUUCAGACUCUGAGUGGACAGACACCAAAUUUGGCAAAGUACCAAUUUAUUCACCACUAGCCUAUCAGUGUAGCAAAUUUGGAAACAACUUUAAUGUUUAUUUGAAUAUUGACAAUCUUAUUUCUUUGAGCUCUACACAUUCCACUGAUUAUCCUCUUUUUCCACAUAAAGUUCUUCCACAGUACUACCCUAUUGAUGAAUCUGACCUUACUUUACAAGAACAGACUCUUUUGAAAAAGCUUGAACUACUAAAUGGUGAUGCUGUAAUACUUGAAGAAGCAACCAGGCAACAAUCAGCAGUACCGCUUUGGUUUGACCAAAGGAAACAGAGAGUUACUGCAUCAGCAAUCUAUGAUGUUGCUCAAUGGAAGAGAGGGUUUGACAAUCAUGCUCAUAAAUUUGUUUCUGGGUCUAUUGAUGAGAUUGGCCCCUUUCUGCAAAGAAAGUUGGAUCAUGGCAAAAUGUAUGAGGCAGUAGCCCUACAAAAAUACCAUACAUGUAUGCAAGAUUAUAAUAACAAUGUUCAUAUUUACCCGUGUGGACUUGUAGUAAACGAAAACAACUGCUGGUUGGGUUGUACUCCUGAUGGAAAAGUAGUGUUUGGUGAUCUGUUUGGAAUUGCAGAGUGUAAAUGCCCAGAACAGUACAAAAAUUCAGAUAUUUUUGAUGUUGCUGGCGAUCAAUCAAACAACUUUAUGCUUUAUGUUCAAGAUGGUCGAUUAURUAUGAAGAAAACUCAUAGAUAUUAUUAUCAAAUACAAUGUCAGCUUGCUUUGACAGGUGCCGCCUUUUGUGACUUAAUUGUAUAUACUUUCAAAAGCAUUGCUAUUGUCAGAAUUCUAUUUGACCAAGAUUUUUGGACAGAUGUUGUACAUGUAGUUGGACAGCGGUAUUUUCAGCAUAUACUUCCAAAACUGGCAGAGUCUCAAUUUUAGUUAACUACUAGACAGCAUUACCUACUAGCUAAUGUCACAUGRUACAUGACAUCGUGGCAAAUGAUUGACAGGUCAGAUCAACAAAGUUAUUACAUGUUUUCCCAUAAGUCAUAUAAUUUAUAUGAUGUCAAAAGCAACCUCGAUUGACAGAUUUUGUAUCAACAUUGUUAUCAGUAAGUCAUUGUCAUUUGCUUUUUUAGUCUGAUAUGACCAGACAUCUUAUAUACAUAUUUUUACUAAAAUUAAGUCAAGAUAAUUGUAAAUCUUGUCAAGAUAAUUUGAUCAAGAUGAAAUCUGUAUAAGAACUAUAACCUUGCAGGUUACAGUGUGAAUUUUUUUGUUUAUU